CAAACUCCAAAGUUAUAUAUGCAAAUAAUACUAAGCACAUAUCAUAUGAUAUGUUGCUUCUCAUGUUGUUGUUGUUGUUUUUCUUCUUUUAAACAUAAGGGUUCCUUACUCGUUAAUCGUCAUGGAUUUAGUUUCUUGGUUUUUCGUCUUCAUUUUGUUGCAUCAGAGGUGUUUUGAUUCUGUUCAAGGACAGAACACACCUUAUUCAAACUGUCCUCAAGAAUUCCAAUGUGGAAGUUCAGAACUUCUGAGUUUUCCUUUCUAUAAACCUGAUCAACCUGACUGCGGAUUAUGUAAAGUUGAUUGUGAUACUGCUCCACAUCCGAUGAUCGAAUUGGAAGGAGUAAAGUAUCAAGUACUUGAAAAACAGAAUGCUUUUGUCAAAAUUACGGAUCCUGUUCUUGAAAAUCUCUUAAAGGAAAAGAGUUGUCGAUCUUUCGAUAGAAAUCUAUCUCUCCCAAUAUCUCCUAUAAUCACCUAUAGUGUCUACCCUUUUCUCACCUUGUUUAAAUGCAAUACUAGUAAUGAUAUCUCGUACGAGGGCUUUCAGAGUUACAAUGGUUGCGAAAGUUUCACAUUAUACUAUAACCAUUCGUCCGUUUCUUCUGUUGGAUCUACUCUUCCUACUAAAUGUUCAAUGAUUCAUUUGCCUAUGGUGUCAGGUUAUGAAUCAAAAUCGAACAAUAGUAACUUGUUCGAUAUGUUGGCUGCUGAUGUUACUCUAGGAUGGACAGUGUCUAAUACAUGUAAUCAUUGUUAUUCGAGUGGAGGACGAUGUCAAGUUGAUAGUAACAACAAAUUUCUUUGUUCUGUUACUGAUCAAGGCAAAGGAAAGCAUCUUCGUAGAAUAUGGAUCAUUGUUUUAGCCACAGUUGCAGUUUUCGGUUGCAUUGGAAUUUUGAUUUUGCUGUUCUGCUUUAGAAAAAAGAUUUUCUGGCAUAAGUACCUCAGGUUUUGGGAAUCAGAAGCUGAGGAUCAUCGAAAUAUUGAAGCAUUUCUCAAGAACAACGGGCCAUAUGCUCCGAUGAGAUAUAGUUAUUCAGACAUCAAAAGGAUGACUAGUAGCUUCAAAAACAAACUAGGCCAAGGAGGAUAUGGUUAUGUAUACAAAGGAAGUUUACAUAAUGGAAAUCCUGUUGCUGUGAAGGUUUUGAAUGGACUAAAAGGCAGUGGUGAAGAAUUCAUUAAUGAGGUAUCGAGUAUUAGCAGGACAUCACAUGUUAACAUCGUGAGCCUCGUGGGAUUCUGUUUUGAGGGUCGAAAAAGAGCUCUAGUUUACGAAUUCAUGCCAAAUGGAUCACUAGAAAAGUUUAUCUAUGAGGAAAGAUCAGACACAGACAGUGUUCGUCAACUAGAUUGGCAAGUACUGUAUAAAAUUGCAUUAGGCAUUGCUCGUGGAUUGGAGUAUUUGCAUCGAGGUUGUAACACUCGAAUUCUACAUUUUGAUAUCAAGCCUCAUAACAUACUACUUGAUGAAGAUUUCUGUCCUAAGAUAUCUGACUUUGGACUUGCUAAACUCUGCGUAAAAAAGGAAAGUAUAGUGUCAAUGUUAGGUGCACGAGGGACUAUCGGUUACAUUGCUCCUGAAAUUGUUUGUAGAAACUUGGGAGGUGUCUCACACAAGUCUGAUGUUUAUAGCUAUGGAAUGAUGGUGUUAGAGAUGGUUGGAGGAAGGAAAAAUGUUGUUGAUCGAACGAGUGAAGUCUACUUUCCAGAUUGGCUUUAUCAACGAAUUGAACUAGAUGAAGAACUUCAACUAAUCGGGAUAAUGAAUGAAGAGGAGAAAGAAUGUGCACGAAAAAUGGUGAUAGUGAGUCUAUGGUGCAUUCAAACUGGUCCUUCAAAUAGACCAUCUAUGACUAAAGUUGUCGAAAUGUUGGAAGGGAACUUAAACUCUUUGCAAAUUCCUCCAACACCUUACCUAUAUUCUUCCUCAAGGUCAGAAGUAAAAUUGAUCUCAUCAGUAGAAGAAUCGAGUUCCCGAUCAACUCUCUCUACCUCCACGAGGUAGGGUAAAGUGAUUUGCGUACGUACAUUCUUUCCUUUCCAGACCUCAUUUGUGGAAUUACACUGAGUAUAAUGUUGUUAGUUGUACAAAAUUUAUUCAUAGUGUUUUGGAUGGUUGCUUCUUUAGUCUUUGCUUUGUUAGAAAUAUGUAAAUCAACUAACAACCUUGAGAGUCAAAAAAUGUGUAAGAUUGACUAUUUUUAUUUAUUUAU